AUGGCUUCUGGUCCCAUCAUCGACAAGCUUCCUCGGGAGCUGCUGAUCCAAAUCUUUGAGGAGGUCAGCAAGCCCCUUCCCGAUGGUUCCAACAGCCACAAUGCGAUUUUGUCCUGCCUGCUGUGCUGCAGACGGUGGCAUGAUGUGGCCCAGCAAGUGCUGUACCACGAAGUCGUGCUCUAUGACAAAACGUUCAAGCCCUUCAUUCAAACCUUCUCGCCGCCGUUCAUCCUGAGCCCCAAUCGGCCUUUGGAGUGGACCAAGUCUCUGACAAUCUACGUUGAUGCACUUGGUUGCUCAAUCACUCCGGAAGGAGAGCGGCUGCACCCCUCGCCAGAAGAGGUCAUUGCCUACACCAACCAGACGGUUCUUCCGCUCCACAUUGUGCCGCCGAUCCUGCUCCAGAUGCCAAAUCUCACCACCUUCUCGAUGAUUGUGAUGCUUGGCUGCUGCGACUAUGAUGCCCCCGCGGAACUCAUUGGCCGGAUCUUGAGUGCCCUGCCGUCCUCCUGCGUCAACCUGGAACUCGACAUCGACCACGUCGGGUUCAAUGCAGCAGGCACCGGGCUCGCUCACGUCUGCGAGGUGCUCGCCAAGAUCCUCCCGCGCCUCCACGACCUCCGCCUGAGCAUGGGCCCGAUCUGCCCGGCGCUGCUCUGCCCGAAGUUCGAUCGCGAGGGUGGCAUCCCUGGCGGAGGAAAGCCCUUUGUGCCUCCGGUGUUUCCGCACCUCCGCUCGCUGGUCAUCAACUUGAGUGAUUUCGGCAACACGAGCCCCUGCACCGAGGACCGCCUCGAGCCGCCCAACGAUUCCGAGGGCACUUGCGUCUCAAUGGCUCUGCCGAUUGCCCUUCGCCAGCUCUGCCUUCUCGGCAGCUUCCCCGUUAUCCGGCAUCUGUGGCUCGUCCAAACCAACCAUGACCAGUGCCCCCGUUCCGACGACCUUUCCCUGUACGACUCCCUGAUGCGGCGCAACAUCGUGACGGGCAAGACUUUGCUCAUGCCCCAUGUGGACCUGCCCGGCGCCAAUCUCGACGAGCACUGCUACAUGAUGCGGACCCUGGAUGGACGCCAGCUGAUCUCAAAUGUAUUCGACGCUCUCGUCAAGUUCACCGAGGGCUACGCCUGGCAGGAAACUCUUUCUGGUACCCGACUCCCCUCCGCUGUGUUGGCGCCUGGCUCGGCCGCGGAUCAGAGACACGCCAUCAUUGAGGAUGAGAUCGCCAGUUUUGACGGGGGCUACAAGGCCCACCCUCACGGAAGCUGUGCUCUCUGGGAUCUUGAGAGGAUGACGGGCCACCGACUGAUCUGGGCUGUUGAGCGGGACCAGCUGGUGGAUGUUGCGCCGCUGCAUGAAUGGACUCCGCCCGGCUGGAAGCGGGUCAUAGGGGACAACGGGGAAAUUGGUCCCUUGGUGCCUGACGACGCACCGAAUUAA